AUGAUGGGUCCUAUCUUGUGUGCUGCCUUUCUGGCAGUAUCAGUAUUUGCUCAAUCCUCUCGGCCAACAAACUUCUCGGAGUUUUGGAAUGUCACUACCUAUCCGAAUGCCCAACUGGCGAACGUGUCGGAACACCUCUAUCAAGCGUCAGGGCUAGCUGGAGACGACCUCGACGAUCACUUUCAACGGCGUUGUAUCAUGUCUCAAGUGUAUGAUGAGCUUUCAAGCAAUGCUCAAGCACCUGGGUUCGUCCCUCCAAUUGAAGCAUUCGAUGGCGUCUUUUUUGUCGGCCAAAGUGCUGUCUCCGCCUGGGCUAUUUCCACGACCUCAGGCCUUGUCGUGAUCGACUCCAUCAACAACGCUGAAGAAGCUGAACAGAUCCUGAUGCCCAGCAUCCAGACAUUUGGCUUCACAGGCGACGACAUUGCGGCUGUGAUCAUCACUCACGAGCACUUUGACCACUAUGGAGGAGCACGAUCGCUACAAGACACAUUCUCAGCUCCAGUGUACGCAAGUGAGCUGGCUUGGCAGGCCAUGGAAGUCGCAGAUGGAGGACCACUACGAGAUAUCGUCGUCACUGACGGCCAAGAAGUCGACUUUGGCAACUUUUCUGUACGGUUCGUCGCCACGCCGGGACAUACACCCGGAGCCAUGAGCCUUGUAUUCCCGGUGUCUGACCACGGCACGCCGCAUAUCGCUGGUAUGAACGGCGUCGCAGGUAUAGCGUCUAACGCCUCUGCGAAAGAGGACCAGAUCGAAUCAUAUGCUAAACUAGCAGCUGCAGCGAGAGAAACAGGUGUUGACACGUUGAUCGCCAAUCAUCAGACUCAAGAUCGAUCUUUGACGAACUUUGACUUGCUGAAUGCGAGGCAAUGUGCACCGGAUGGGUGCGUACAGGCGAAUCCAUUCGUCAUUGGUACGGAUGCUUUCGUGCGAUACUUGGAGAUUCAGGCUUUGUGUGCGAGAGUGCAGGCUGCGAGGAGUGAUCAGUCGCUCUCAGUGGAGAGCUAA